AUGAAGACGAAAUUAAACACCUACAACAUGCAGUUGCUGCUGCUGCUUUUCUUGUUGUGGGACCCAGCCAGGUUGGUGCUGGCUAACAUCCAAGAAGAUGAAGCUAAAAAUAACAUCACCAUCUUUACAAGAAUUCUAGACAGACUCCUGGAUGGUUACGAUAAUCGGCUUAGACCAGGACUGGGAGACAGUAUUACUGAAGUCUUCACUAACAUCUACGUGACCAGUUUUGGCCCUGUCUCAGAUACAGAUAUGGAAUAUACAAUUGAUGUUUUCUUUCGACAAAAAUGGAAAGAUGAACGGUUAAAAUUUAAAGGUCCUAUGAACAUUCUUCGACUUAACAAUUUAAUGGCUAGCAAAAUCUGGACUCCUGAUACCUUCUUUCACAAUGGGAAAAAAUCAGUAGCUCACAAUAUGACAAUGCCAAAUAAGCUUCUUCGAAUCCAGGAUGAUGGGACUCUGCUGUACACAAUGAGGCUUACGGUUCAAGCUGAAUGCCCAAUGCACUUGGAGGAUUUUCCUAUGGAUGCCCAUUCAUGUCCUCUGAAAUUUGGCAGCUAUGCAUAUACAACCUCAGAAGUCACUUAUAUUUGGACUUACAAUGCAUCUGAUUCAGUACAAGUUGCUCCCGAUGGUUCCAGGUUAAAUCAGUAUGAUCUGCUGGGCCAAUCAAUUGGAAAGGAAACAAUUAAAUCCAGUACAGGUGAAUAUACCGUAAUGACAGCUCAUUUCCACUUGAAAAGAAAAAUUGGGUAUUUUGUGAUUCAGACAUAUCUGCCUUGCAUCAUGACUGUCAUUCUCUCCCAAGUGUCAUUCUGGCUUAACAGAGAAUCUGUGCCUGCAAGAACUGUGUUCGGAGUAACAACUGUUCUAACAAUGACAACUCUAAGCAUCAGUGCACGGAACUCCCUCCCCAAAGUGGCAUAUGCGACUGCCAUGGACUGGUUUAUUGCUGUUUGUUAUGCAUUUGUGUUCUCGGCCUUAAUUGAGUUUGCAACUGUUAACUACUUCACCAAGAGAGGAUGGGCUUGGGAUGGGAAGAGUGUAGUGAAUGACAAGUCCCCUUCAAUAAAAGCUGAAGGCAUUACAUUAACAUACAACUCAGUGAAGGCAAUUCUUCAAGGAGCUAAGCUAAUAUGGUCCAAGUAUAUAGCUUUCUCAUGGCCCAAUUUAAUCCAAGGAAAGACUUUAGAGUACUUAGAGAAGUGGAUGGACUGUUUAACCUUCAAACAAUCUUCUAAAAAAGAAAAAGCCUCUGUCAUGAUACAGAACAAUGCUUAUGCGGUGGCUGUUGCCAAUUAUGCCCCGAAUCUUUCAAAAGACCCAGUUCUCUCCACCAUCUCCAAGAGUGCAACCACGCCAGAACCCAAUAAGAAGCCGGAAAACAAGCCAGCGGAGGCCAAGAAAACCUUCAACAGUGUUAGCAAAAUUGACAGAAUGUCUAGAAUAGUUUUCCCAGUUUUGUUUGGUACAUUUAAUUUAGUUUACUGGGCUACGUAUUUAAACAGAGAACCUGUAUUAGGGGUCAGUCCUUGA